UGGGUAAAGAUGAAGACUACACUCACUGUGCUCCUCAUCAUCCAGCUCUAUGGACUCGCCUCAUGUGCCACGAAACAAUUUUACUUGAUAAAUGAGAUGAAGACAUGGGAUGAGGCUUCACAACAUUGCAAAACCUACUUUGAAAGGCUGUCCACCUUUAAUGAUGAGAUUGAGAUACAACAUUUUUUAGAAGAUGCAGUUAAUCAAAUCUCUGAUGCCUGGGUUGGACUCAGAAAAAUAAAUGAUGGCUGGAUGUGGUCAGGAUUUCAACCGGCAAAAGAUGUUAGCUGGAAUGUUGGAGAACCACAACGUGAUUGUGCCUUUCUACCUGUAGGCAAUAAUAAACUGAGUACCCAGGACUGCUCGGUGCCAUUGCCCUUCUUCUGUAUGAAAAUAUAUGAGAUUGUCGAGGUACAGCAGUCUGAGAGCUGGGAGGGAGCUCUAGAAUACUGUAGACAUCAUCAUGAUGAUCUGGCGUCUCUGAGCUCAAACAGAAGAAUGAAAGAUGCUCUCAGUAAGAUCACAGGAGCUCAAACACAAUACGUGUGGAUCGGUCUGCGCUUUCUAGCAGGUGGAUGGUUCUGGAUCAGUGGAGAUGAUCUUAUCCUCAAUGUCUGGUCUUCAGCUGGACCGCCUCAAUGUCCUGCCCAAAACCAACGCUGUGCAGCUCUGGACGAGAACACACAGACCUGGACACCCAGAGACUGUAAGGAGAAACUCAACUUACUGUGUUUUGGACAACCAGAAGGUCAGAAUCUCUUAGACAGUGAACAGAACUUGAUCCAGAUGAUCGCUGAAGAGGAUUUAUCACCUGGCAUGGAGUCUUACAAUAUUAAGCAGUGAUUUAUUCACAAUAAACCUCAGCCUCUCGUACCUUAUUUCUUACGUAAGCAAUGGUCCCUGUUCUUCACCCAUCUGAAAGUAGUACCACCAGACAUGCUACUAUUCACUGAAGAAUGUAUUUUUUGAAUACUGUGCCGCUAGAAACAUUCUGUAUCACCUAAAAUUCAGCAGAAUUACAGAAUAAGUUGAAAAAAUAUUGCAACAGCAUUUAAAAAAAUACACAGGUUGCAAACUUGAUAUAAUUUGAAACAACUAAGAAUAGAAUUGGUCAAAGAAAGCAAUUUUAUGUUUGUCUUUGUUUCAGCUGUUACAUAGCAGAAAAACCCAUAGACAGUCAUGUGAUUCUUAUAUAGGGCCUUGUAUGUCGUAGAGUGACUGUUUGUUGCUCUGAGCCUCUUGAUCUUUUUUUAAAAUAUAUUUUUAUGAGUUUACGAGGCAGAGCAUUGGUCUUUUUACCUGCGUGUAGCUUAUUUGUACAUUUAAGGAAAACCCUGCAUAUAAACAAC